CAUAACUCACGCGCGUAAUAAUCUUUAACUAUCUAGGUCGCAUACAAUAUACACGUUACAGGAAACAGCUGUAAAGGAUGUCACUCAACCGGUCUAUACCAUCUCACCUCCGUGCUGGGUCGCUCAGCAACCCAGGAUCUUCCACGGGUCAAUCCUCAGCUCUCCAGGCGCGUAUCAACGAAAAGAAGCAGGAGCUUGCAAGCUUGAAAGAGCUUCAGGCCCUCAGCAGCGGGCUUGCGGACCAAAUGGAGCAACUAGAACAGAAGUUGGCUACAUUAAGUGAUGGAACUGAGGCUGUAGCAGUAGUACUGAGUAAUUGGCACAAUGUUUUAAGGGCUAUUAAUAUGGCUAGUAGCAAGUUACCGCAACCCAGGAAUGACGACGCGUCGAAGACGGAACAUCCGCUACCAGAGACACUUGUUAGAAUACCUACACAACAUGCGGGUCUGAUACCACAGGAGUCCUCUGUUCGUGGCGAUGGAGAGUGAGCACUACGAGCACAGGACUAUUUGAUGCACCUAAUUCUUGGGACCGAUAUGCUCUGGCAUCUAUAUUUGUUGUCACUGCAUGCAUUAUUUGCACACAGAAUCAUUUGGCCGGAAGGCCACGCAAUCCUGCACUACUUCUGAAUGAGUGCAUGUUAUGAGAAGGGAAAGGAUAUAGAUUGGUCUCUCGAGCCUUUAUGAUCAGUUUAUCGCCAGGGGCGGAGGAUCAGAAAUCGCCCAGACUCAAAAUCUCAUACAGACGCGAAACGUCGAGGACUCGAUGCGAUUGUUUCUGCAUGGUAAACGACGCAAGGAGCUGGUUUGAUACGCAGUGGAACACGAUCGGUGGUCUAUAACGCGGUCUGUUUAUGUCCUACUUCAAUUCUCAAAAAGCGCUUCCCGCAUAGUGUCCACGGCCAAACUCAAAUGUCCAAAUACCAUGUACGAAAUCAGAGAAGACCAAAAAUAUCAUAAUAAGCAUCAUAAACAGGACUAGAGGCUUCCAAGUUUGCUUUCCUGAUAAAGCCUGAAGCAAAUAGGCAUGACAUGAGAUAAAAUGUCAGACAGCUCACAAUUUAUAUAGCUUAACAAGAUAGAUCAGCAAAUCUACACAUCUUGGCAGUAUAUGCAGGUCGAAGACCA